GGGUAAUGUGGCAAGACGCACUAUUAAACAUGGCGGCGUGCUCAUCUGCAGGCCGCGUUUUGAGUCUUUGCAGGCGUUUUCAAAAUGUCUUAAGGAUAUCUUCUGCGACGAACAUUCAGCGUUCGGCUGUUAAUGUGACCAAAUAUCACUGUCAGCUCUACAGAGAAACGUCACCACUUGUUUCCCCAUUUUGGUCGAGUCCCACCAGCACUGCGAGCCAGUGUCGAGGCCUGCACACCACCAUCAGCAGGAGAGGACUGGAAGAGUUCUUUGACCUUCCAGAGAACUGGGGGGAGGCCAACGUCAAAUCAGGUGCUCCAUGGACCGCUAAACAACUGAGAACAAAAAGUAAUGAAGAUUUACACAAACUCUGGUAUGUGCUGUUAAAAGAAAAGAACAUGCUACUCACACUGGAGCAGGAAUCAAAGCGGCAACGACUUCAAAUGCCAAGUCCAGAAAGAUUAAGGAAGGUUGAGCGGUCAAUGUUCAGGCUGGAGACGGUGGUAACGGAGAGAGAAACUGCACUGCGUCUGUUGCAGACGGGUCAGGAGAAGGGCAGGCCCGGAGCCUGGAGGAGGAACCUAUUCGGAUACAUCUAUUGGUAUCGAUUCAAAGAGUAUGCAAUUCCUUGGUACAUGAAUAAAAGGUAUAAGCGAAAGACGUUCUACACUCCACACUUUGUCCAGCCACACAUGAGGUUGCGUCUGGAGAAGCACCUCCGGGACAAAACCAGGAAGGCCAACUCAGAAAAGCAAAAGCUCGCUAAACUCAAGGAAAAGUUUCCCCUCAUGAAGGUUCCUGCAUCUUGAAAACUGAGACGCACAUUUUGUAAAAAAAAAAACAAAAAAAAAAGUUUUUUUUUUUUUUUUAAAGACUUACAUCUGAUCAGACACAGGGCCUUGGCCUUCCCCAUGUUGUUCCUGAGGAGCUGAGUCUUUCUACAUCAAAGAAUCAACUCGACAUGGUCUGAAUGUGUUCAGUGUAAAGUGUGCAUUUGUUCAGCUGUUACUUGAUGCUUGAAAUCAAAUGAUGAAUAAAUAUUUCCUGUAUUCACAUGUAAUAUUAAAACACAUCUUAUAUAAACUGUUAAAUGUUUCUGUACAGCUUUAAACAAAACUAAACUGGUUCAAACCUUG